GCCAGCGUUGGCCUCACCUCUCAUGGCGGAAGGCAGCGGCUGGGGACCGGGUCGGCGGUGACGACGCAAUGGACCGCAGUUCGACUCGACCCGUGGUGUCGCGGGUCUAUUCGCAGCGUAAUCUGACGGUGGUCAGUAGGGCCCCGGGCAUAAAGACAGCCCCCUUCGUCCAGCAGGCCAGGGCAUUAUGUCCUGGAAUUAAUAACCAGCGGUACUGGUGUGAGACAGGCCACUGCUGUGGGGAGACCGGCUGCUGCACGUACUUUUAUGAGCUGUGGUGGUUCUGGCUCCUUUGGACUCUGCUGAUCAUCUUCAGCUGUUGUUGUGCUUAUCGCCAUCGCAGGAGCAAACUCCGUAUCCAGCAGCAGCAGCGGCAACAGGAGAUUAACCUCAUUGCUUACCAUGGGGCCUGUCACUACCCAGGCUCAGCUCGAGACCACAGACUUUUGGCUUCCUUCAAGCUUCCUGCAUACGAGGAGGCAUCAGCCCAGCCGAGCACUCCUCCCCCAUCUUACACUUCAAUCCAGUGCCCAGGGAUUAGGGCUGAGCUGAGCUCUUCACUCAGCUCCAAUGACUUCACCAGCUCUCCCCAAAGCAACCCUAUCUCAGGCUCCUUUGACUCUGAGCCCGGACCCCCAAACCCCAGCUCCGAUCAGCCCGCUGAAGAUGUUAACGUUGCUGUGUCACAAGCAUCUCCCUGCUGCCUGGAGGUAGAGCAGAGGUGGGAGGAAGAGGAGGAUGAGACUCAUUCCAGACACCGGCACCUCACUGGAGAUUCUGGUAUUGAGGUGUGCCAUUGCCUUAUUCAUGCAGAUGAGAGUGAGGACUGUGCCGAAGAAAGCAGGAACUACCAGCAUGACCAAACAGCUUGUGUCGAGCUGCACACUGCCCCGCUCCAGCCUGCCAAUUCUGCCAGUCCAUGUUCCUGCCAGCUUCCUCAGGAGACCCUAGCUCACAUCCUUCCUGUUUGAGGGGAACAAAAGACUGGGAAGCCCGACAACAUGUUUGAACAAGACUAAAAUCCCUUGGACUGUGGGAUCAAGGAGUGGCUAAACCUUUUCAUCUUUGGUUAGACUGUGAAUAUUACUCCAUAUUGAAACUACUAACCUAUAACCGUUGUGAGUGCUGAACUCCAAAGGAAAUCAUUGAACCUUGACAGUCUUGCCACCCUCUGCCAACUGCUGUCUCAUUGUCUGUAUCUCUAACCCUCUCUCCUCAGAACUUGUCUUCAUUCCCUGUCUGUUUCAGAUUCAUGUUCACAUACUGAGACAUUGGUCUCUAAGAUAUUCCACUGCAGGGAGUCAAAUCAUUCCCUGGCCUGAAGACCAAGCUCCGUGUCAGUGAUUUAACAGAGAGAAGUUUGUGUUAACAUUUGCUGAUUGUAAACUUCACUCACACUGACUGUCUGUUGUGGGUUAGUAGGGAAGAUUUGAUUAAUCUCCAGUUUGCAAACUCUGAUCAUGAAAUAAUAGAUUAAAAGGGAGUUGAAGUUUGAGAGACAUGAGUAAGGGCUGCUGUUGGGAAAUGAAUCUUGAUGGAUUCAACACAAAUAGUCCAUGAGCCUCCAAGCUGGGAGGGGAGAGAAGAAAUCUUCCCUCCCCACAACAGAGUGAGCAAUUGUCAGAUGAGAAUGUUGCUAUUUCUGUUAACUUCAUCUGAGUACAUUUUACUUCUAGGUUAUUGCUUUAGGAAUUGGCCUUGAAUGGCAGGGAUAUCUUUUUGUUCAGUAGUUUUAAAAGAUCCAAGUAAAUGGCUAUGGAAAAUUCCACAGAUUAGAGUAUUGUGGUGCAGAAACCAUCUGCUCAUUAAAGAGCUGACUGAUUUGUCUUACUCUGCGAUAGGUUACUGGUAGAGAGAAAGCUGUUAAUUAGGGAAGCACUGCCUAAAAAAUUUGUGGUAGAGGAUUCAAACUUUUAAAAGGAAGUACUUGAAAGAAUAACUUUGCAGAACUGCAAAAGUGCAAGUGAGUUGAAUUAAUUAGAAAUCUACAAAGAGCUAGCACAUCGGCCAAACGGUCUCCUCUGUUGAUCUACCUACUUCUGUUGUAUAAUAAAAACUGAAAGAACUGUGGAUGCUGUAAAUCAGGAACAAAAACAAAGUUGCUGGAAAAGCUCAGCAGGUCUGGCAGCAUCUGUGAAGGAAAAAUCAGAGUUAAAUGUUUCAGGUCUGGCGGUUCCGCUUUGAGGAAGGGUCAACGGACCUGAAACGUUAACUGAUUUUUUUCUUCACAAAUGCUGCCAGACCUGCUGAGCUUUUCCAGCAACUUGUGUUUUUUGUUACUUAUGUUGUAUAUUGCUGUCACUCAUGCAGAGAUAGCAGCUGCUAUUUUACCCUCUUCUCAUUUCCUCUGUCCUGGUUGUGGUUGCUUCUUUAAUACACUCAGCAAGGAGGGAUGGACAACACCUGCUUCAUUGCCAGUGUUGCCAAUUGUCACAAAUGAAAUAUUUACAUAUGUCACACUGUUAUGAUCUCAGGAUAUCCUAAAGUGCUUUACAACUAAUAAAGUACUUUUGAAAUGUA